AUGGUAACAACUGAUAGAUUGACUCGCGAAGAGCUUACUAGUAUCAUUGCCAAAGAGUUACGAAUUGAUGUUGCGUUUCCUUGUUUUUCGGUAGAAGAGCAAACUGGGGCUACUGCUUGUUGUGUGGUCCAUAAACAUUGGCUUGCUACUCUUAAACAAGCUUGUUUAGGGGAUAAAAUACGUCUGAAUAGAUAUUCAACUAUAACACGUCCGGAAAAUAAUAAUUCUGAGCAGUUAAGCGAAGAUAGACAGGCGCCUACUACAAAUAUUUUGGUAAGCGUUCUUUUGAAGCGUGUAUCGCGUGAAAAUAAAAGGAGGCCGCAAUUAUACCAAAAACCAUUAAGCAACGGGAUUGAACAACAAACACUAGUAGACUCGAUAAAAAAUAAUAAUUACGAUGAAAAUAAAUUACCGAUUCGGACUUUUAUUAAAGAGCAGCUAGAAGAGAAUCCUGGACCAAAUUUUAUUGAGAUGUUGUCAAAGUAUGAAAAAUAUUCGCCGGUGCUUUCGGAUAGUUAUAUAUCGAGUUCAGGUGAAGGUGGUGAUGAUUUAGAAAAUAGUGAGCUCAUUAGACAAAAGUUAUUUGUAGAUAAAUUUCUUGAGACCUUAUAUCCACACUGUGCCUAUUUCCGUAUAUCAUCAUCAUCAACAUCUAGUACUUCAGAUGAUAGUAGUAUCAGCAGCAACAAUGAAACUCUGUGUCUCGAGUUAAUAACAGAAUCUAAUCAUAACAGUAGUAACAACGAAAUACUUUCUAUGAAUCCAAAUUUAAUUGAUAUCUUUGCUGUUUUGGAAUCGGAACGCGCUUAUUAUUUUAUGGCACCGUAUCGAGGCACCACAUUACAAGAUUUAUUGAAUUUUAGCCCGGGCGUUUUAAAAUCAAACGUUAAAAAAUCAUUUGUCGUAUAUCAGCUACUAAGAGGUGUACAGGAGCUUCACGAACAAGGUCUCGUUCAUGGAAACCUAAAACUCUCGAACAUUUUCGUGGAUGAAAAUCUCUGGAUAAAUAUAACCGGAUUCGAAUGUUGUGCGCCUGUGCCCGAAAAAUCCCCAGCAUCAUCAUCUUUAGAACAAUCAAAUACGGAAAGUGAUAUGGCUAGCAAUAAGAUUCCACGAGGCCGUCGUAUUGGUGAUCCUAAUUUCCACCCUAUAUUUCCGUGGAUUACUGAUUUCACCGGAUCGACUCCGUCCCAGAAUUGGCGUGAUUUUACAAAGACUAAAUUCAGAUUGAAUAAAGGUCUCUUAGGCGAUGAACAACUGGACUUCACUUUUGAUGGACCAGUCCCACAUCAUAUAACCGAUAUCCUAUCUGAUAUAACUUAUUAUGUUUAUCUAGCGCGUAAAACACCGAUUCCCGUUUUAUGUCAAUAUGUUCGAACAAAAUAUGAGCCGAAUGAGUAUCCUUCCUCGUUGCAAAGAUUAUUCGAAUGGACACCUGAUGAAUGUAUUCCAGAAUUUUAUACAGAUGAUAGUAUAUUCACAUCAAUGCAUCCAGAUAUGCCUGAUCUUCAAUUGCCAGCGUGGGCGUCCACUCCACAAGAAUUCAUUCGUAUACAUUCUGCUGCAUUAGAAAGCGAUUACGUGUCAAGUCAACUUCAUCAUUGGAUUGAUUUAACAUUCGGAUGUAAACUUAGUGGUUCGGACGCUGUUGAAGCAAAAAACGUUGCAUUGCCGCUUUUAGAUGGUCAAGAUUCUUUUAUGAAACAUGGAAUCACUCAGUUAUUCAAUGAUCCACAUCCGCAGCGUUCAAUUAAUUGGAAUCAAUCACAGAGGGAAUUUGAUUCGCACAAGUUAGAAGCGACGUCAGCACUUGAAAUGUACAACAAAUUAAACUCGAAAAAGCGGAUAGCUUCAAAAAAUUUUACCGAAAAAUCCAGAUCACCCCAAACAUCAGAAAAAAUAUCGGACCCACUAAUUUUUGAUAUUCCAGCUGCCGAGAAAAUACUAAUAAAACCACCGGGUUCUCUUCCACGAUCAAAGAAACAAGUACCUCCAGCGAGACCUUUGUCUCUAUAUGAUUUAAGCAAUCCAAAUUACAUCAGAGAAAGAGACCUGUCUACAGCAAGCAUAGGCGAUUCAAAGGACCCUUUGGCGAGAAUCGAAUCAUUGGCGUCGCUUUUGAAUUCGAUACCGAUCCAAUUACCUGAUGAGAUGAACAAUGAGAUUUUUAUUGAACAAUUAUUGAAUUAUGAACAAGCUCAUUUAUUUGCUGUUAAAUAUCAACACCAGGUUUCUUUUCUUCAAAACCAAUCUUUUCCUAAUGACUCUACGAACAAUAAUAGUAAUGUAGCUGAAACGACAAUACAAAGUACCCAAUCAUUUACGUAUGGAAGAGCAUGGGACGCAUACUGCCUGGGAAAAAUUAUAGAAAAGAUAUAUGCAGAAAAUAAAAAAUUGGGUUUUCAUGAGCUUACUUCACAUUUACUUAAUAAUGAUUCCGAGAUUAAGAAAAACUAUCAGGUCCCUUUAGCAAUCAAAGGAGUCACUGAUAGUUUAUCAUCUCCUAAUUGGACAGAACGCCCUACAAUUGAAGUCAUUCUUUAUAAUUCAACGCCUGUUACAACUCUGCGCGAUCAUAGCACAACUUUACCUAUACCCUCAUGCAUUCCUGAAGUGUAUGAUUUUCUAACUGGAUUCCACGCUGUGUACGUAUAA